GAAGAAGAAGAAGAAGAAGAGGCGUAAACUUCCGGCGUUUAAAAGCUUGGUAGCAACGAACAACUGUGCUUCACUGACUGAAUAUCUUGUUUUGUGCUGGAAUGGGAUCUCCUACAAAACUAGCAACACCACACAGAACCAAUGUACGUACCCCUGGUCAAGAACCUGACUCCCCACUUCCCCCCAUCCAUGAGCGGCUGGCGUACCUGCGCCCCUCCAGGGAGCUGCUGGAGUUCUACAGACAGAAGAUUGCCCAGUUUGAUGGGGAACAUGAGGAGCUCUUGCAGAUGCUGGAGAAGUACAGAGGCAUCUCAGAGGACCAGCAUAAGCUACAGUGGGAGAUACGACAGCGUGAGGGUGAGAUUGUGGAGCUGCAAAACGCUCUGAGUGACAUGCAGGUCUACCUUUUCCAAGAGAGAGAACAGUCUCUGCGGCUUUAUGCAGAAAAUGACCGACUUAAGAUAAGAGAGUUGGAGGACAGGAAGAAAAUCCAGCACCUUCUUGCCCUGGUGGGUCCUGAUGCAGGGGAGAUCACAUAUUUCCACCGGGAACCUCCUCACAGGGUCACUGUCACACAGAAGAACACUGAGUCCAGACUAGAGGACAAUCUCAAUCUCAGGCCAACAAAGUUAAGACAGGCUGUGAUCAGGAAAGCAGAGAGUAGCAGGAGAACAAAAUCAGCUGAUGAAGUAAAUGGAGAGAGCCUGGAACAAUACAAGAGCGCUAACCAGACAUUGCUGCUACAGGUGGAGGCUCUGCAGGCUCAGAUGGAAGAACAGACUCGUCUGGCCAAAGAGCAGGUUGAGUCUCUGCUGGAGGAUCGACGGAUUAAAACAGAGGAGGCACAGGCACAAAGAAACAGAGAUCAGGAGCGACUCUCUGCUCUGACUGACAAACUCCAGCGAACCCAGAACCUGUUGUAUGAGAGCACCAAAGAUUUCUUACAGCUCAAGUUCGACACACGGGCUCAUGAGAAGAGUUGGAUGAUGGAGAAAGACAAGCUGCUGAGAGAACUUGACACCUGCCACAACCGUCUGAGGAAGGUUGGGUCUGCUGGUGCAGAGAUGGGCCGGACAUGGAAGCCCAGCAGCAGCACCCCCCUGCUCCUCCCCCAGCCUCAGCCAGAGUCUCAACAGGCACACAAGGAGGAAUUAAAGAUACUGCAUGAGGAUCUGAAACAAGCCCACCGUCUGGCAGAGAUGUACAGGGAGCAGUGCAUUACUCUAGAGACAGAACUGUCCCAGAUCAGAGAGGAAGGCGAUGUUGGCAGAGAAAUAUUUAAGGAACGUUCAGACAAAAUGGCCAAGCGUCUCCAGCUGAUGACUCAGCGUUACGAGGCGCUGGAGAAGAGGAGGGCCAUGGAGGUGGAGGGCUUCAAGACAGACCUGAAGCACCUCAAACAGAAAUUCAAAGAUGUAGAAAAACAACUCCUCAAGGCUACUCUGAAUAUUGGGCCCAAUCAGGAUUUAGCCAUUUUGCACGAGGUACGUCAGACCAACGCAAGGACAAAGAAGGUUCAGGAUGAGCUGAUGGUGCUGAAGGCUAAGAUCUUUGGACUGGAAAAUGAGCUGAGAUUUAGUUGAGAAAUGGACUAUGAGGUCUUGUGUCUGUCUGCAGAAGACAAUCUGUGUGAGGCUUAUCCCAGUCAUCUAUUUCGUGCUACUGUGUUUAUGACUGAAACAUAGAGUGAAUGUUAUUUCUGUUUUGUACUUUGGACUAAUAAAGACAUUUUCCUAUGA